AUGCCGACUAAAGACUUCCAGAGGGAUCUGAACGAAGCCAAGAGCCCGGGUCGAUUCCCACACCUCACACGUGUCAGAGCUGGUGAAGGUGAUGGAUCGAUUUCCUUCACUUACACAGACCCCGUAGAAGGGGAGAGCUUUCACUUCGAAGCCAUCGUCGCUGAUCCCCAUGAUUACCCUUCCAACCACAGCUUCUUUGUUUACUCCACUUCCGACAAUGUCCCUGCCGAGAUCACGAAAGCUGUCGACGAGAUCGUCCCUCAGUCAGAAGGCCUAUCAAUCCAUGAUGUGCUAUCGACCUUGGAUUUGGUCGUUUCGGGCGCACUCCAGGGCUCUACCCCGCAGUCUUUCGACGAUGUGGGCGACCUCGCAAUCCCAAGUGACCAGGAAUUUGAGGACGACUUGGAACCGUCCGACUGGACAGAGGACGAGGAUAGCUUCUUGUCCUCGACUCAAAGCUCUACCAAAUUCCAUGAUGCAAUCCGCCGUGACCUGCGAGCCGUGAAGCUUGCGGGGCUCAAGGUGGGUUAUCAUGGCGAUCCCACUGGCCCCAUCGUCGUGUCCGUGGCCAUACGUAUCGCCCGAAUGGGUUUAUCGGAAGAGGCCAUGAGGGCAUGGAACGUGCGACCUGCUGAUUACUUGAUCCUCCUGAUCCGCUACGGCCGAUACCAGACUAUGGAGGAUCUGAACCUGGGCGGUGAUUCAAAGAUACAGAUGCGAGUUGGACUCUGCGAUUCCUACAAACCUUCGCUCACGAGCACCAUCAGCGCUUUCCAAGAGACGGUCAGUUCUCAUAACUUGCCACAAAUGGUAGAAAUCAAGGACAGCGACCCACUCCGCGAACUGUUUAUUGGGGCCUCACUGGAUAAGCUCCUCAAUGAGCGAUUCCUUCAUAUCGCAAGGCUUCGCUUAAGAUACGGUUUCACGUGGACCGGAGCAGAGUUGUUCUUUCAAGCUGCUCAAGGGAAGUUUAUCGGUCCGGAUGAUGCCAGGUCGCCAGAGUUCGCGGUGGAGGACACCUGGAUAACGCCUGCUCCCAAUUUCCUGCAUGCAGAUCAUAUGGCCGACAUGGGUUUAUCUUCAGCAAACAUCUCGUUCCCUCUCGUAGCCGAGCAUUUUCUUCUACGUCACUUUGUCAAAUGCACCGAGUUUUGUCUCGUCUGUCAUUGCAAGACUCAUGACAGUUUCGAGGCGCUGAAGCCUUACGUGUGCUCAAACGGACUUUGCCUAUUUCAGUACAUGACCCUGGGCAUGGGACCUAGUCUGGAAUACGAGAUCCGCACUCAGCCAUAUGUUGUUGAUAUGCUGAUUUCAUUAGCCUAUGAACGGGCCAAAUCUGGUCGUCUGUCGGAUUUUCCGAACGGCCUUGGACUCAAUGUUCCCUGUGCGACGGCGGUCGGCACACUACCUUCUCAGCCGGUUGAUCGAUUUGGUCAACCGGGGGUUUCACCUCAGACUAUGAGUACCAAAGAUAGCGAUGAGACGGCCGUCUUAUGCCACGAAGCCACACUAUCAACGAGAAAAAUGGAGCUCUCCCAUAAUUGUGCCCCCCGGGUCAAGGAGGGCAACUGGAUUGCCAUUCUCAACCCGGCGAAGCCUAUGACAGGAGAAAUUAGGACCGUAUGGCAUUCCCGAGUACUGAAUGUCUGGGAGACCUCGGGACACGUCGCUCUCUCACGCCCAGUUUCCCAUGGUGUGCAGCUGCAAGAAGAUGAGCUCGGGAAGUAUGCGGCUUUCAUACCGGUGCAGUAUGUCAUCUACGACAUGAACUUUGAUAUGCUGCCUGAAAAAAAGAAACAGAGCACUAUCAUCAUGCUGCUAGACAAUCUUCCCGAUAUUGAUGCCAUGCAAACUUUUCUGGGUCGUAAUGAUUCGGGCAAGUUGCUAUCUUCCUGGCACGACAUGGUAAGCCCCGCUGCCCUGGAUUUACUUCGCUGGAUCGUGGCCUCCAAUCGAUCCUGCAUCUUGCAGGAUGGCCCGCAAGAGAAUGAUCUUGUGUCCGACAUGAAAGGAUUCAUUCAGUUUCGACUGGUUCAAGGGGCGCCUGACAAAGAGCAUCGAUUUAUGGAAGCCGUCAACCAGCAUGCCAUGCGUACCAAGACGGCAUACCCUACCAUAUUUGCCUGGCAUGGCAGUCCAUUGCAUAACUGGCAUAGCAUUCUCCGAGAAGGCCUGCACUUCAAAGAUAUUGCACAUGGGCGUGCUUUUGGGAAUGGGGUGUAUCUAUCGAAUCAUUACGGGACAUCAGCAGGUUAUGCAUUCCGCGCCGGGUCUUCUCAUAGCUGGGCUCAAAGCAAGCUGAAAAUCCAGUCUAUGAUCUCCUUGAAUGAAAUUGUCAACAACCCGGCCCAAUUCGUGGCAACAUCUCCGCAUUAUGUGGUCCAACAUCUUGAUUGGAUUCAACCCCGGUACCUUUUCGUGCAAGUGGGAAACACUCCUGCCUUCCUCGGAGCGGAUGUGCAGACUGAGCCACCUAUGCUCUACGCCCAGGAUCCCAAGUAUAAGGUACUUGGUCUUAGUGGAAAAGUUAUUCAGAUUCCCAUGUCCGCUUUCAGCAGCAAGCGACGAGAGGCUUUGACCGCAUCGCCCGUGACCGCAUCGCCCGGUAAAUCACACAGAAAGAAGAAACGAACUUCUAGGGGUACACCGAGGAACACCAGCUAUCUUGAUGACACGGCCAGUGUUUCAACUGACAUUGAAGAUCUCAUGAUCCUUCUGUCUGAUGCCGAGCAAGAGCUGGGGAGUGUUUCUUCCAAGAGUAAGAAAGUCGCGACCGCCCCCAAAACGGACUUCAUUCCGGGCACAUUGCAAGAGGCAUCCUUGUCUCUGAUUUCACCACCUGCCUACGCGACUAGCGCAGCUACUGCGCUUCUUCAGCGACAUCUUCAGACAACCCUCAAGAUUCAAGAAAAGGAACCACUUGAUGAGCUGGGAUGGUACGUGGAUCCAUCUCUGAUCAGAACGGUCUAUCAAUGGAUCGUGGAACUGCACACCUUCGAUCAAACCAUUCCCCUUGCAAAGGAUCUCAAGGCUGCCAACCUCACCAGCGUCGUUCUCGAAGUUCGCUUCCCACCUAACUUCCCGAUGGAUCCCCCCUUCGUGCGAGUGAUUCGCCCACGGUUCCUCGAGUUUGCCCUCGGCGGCGGCGGCCACGUCACGGCUGGAGGAGCCAUAUGCAUGGAACUGCUCACCAACUCGGGCUGGUCGGCCGCCAACUCGAUUGAAAGCCUUUUGCUGCAAGUACGCCUUGCAAUCAGUACCAAGGAUCACCCCGCACGGCUGGCGCCUGGUCGGAAUUAUGAUUACUCCGUUGGCGAGGCGAUUUCUGCGUACACUCGGGCUUGCAUCGCGCAUGGGUGGGCGAUUCCGAAAGAUCUGUAUGCAAUUUCGAGGUAA